ACAACCCUGGGAAUGAAUCAGGCAAGUUUUUAAUUCGCAUGCAGAUCAUUGCAGAAAAAGAUCGUUUGCAGUUUAACAAAAUGUGGUAAAUGAAGCCGGAGUACUGUGUCCUGUUUAUCAGUAAAAUAACAGGUUUAUUGUGAGUUUCAAAGCGGGGAAAUUUAAAACAGUUCAAUCCGCUCUGCUGAUGUAUGAACGGCAUGUCGAGGAGAAAACAGGCGAAGCCGCAGUGUGUCCACAUGGAUCCUCCUCUACACUUAGAUAAUGCAGACUUCCACAUAAGCAAUAGCAGCUCUCUGCCGUGUGAUGUCCACAUGUGUGAGAAUUGCUGCGCUGAGUUUUUAAGCAUCUCAGAUCUCCAUGAGCAUCAGAUGGGUUGCUCUAAGGAUCCACUAAUUCUAAUAGUGAGUGAAAAUGGAAGUUUGACCUCUCCAUCUUCAUCUUUCACAUUUACUUCACCGACUCACAGUACAGAGGACCAAACAAAUAACAGCAUCAUUACAGAAGAUACUGAAGGAUUACAUGACAAAAUCCUUGAGGAAAACAGAAAAUCAUCACCUGUGUCUGACACCUCCAGUGACAAUGCCAGUUAUUUCCAAUCAGAUAAUGAAAACAACAAAGAGAAUCAGACAUGUAUUGCCACUCUAUCUUCAGAGUACUCAACAGUUUUGCCUCAACCAGACACUUUACAUGAACUGAAUGCAUUGUCCUCCAUCAGCAGCAAUGUCAUCAUUGAGAAUUUAGAAAGUACAAAAGUGGCCGUGGCUCAGUUCCCUCAGGAUGUAUGUUUGAAUGCAGUGGUUAACAGCGCAGGUUUUACCAAAUGCAACAUGACCAUCACAAGUCUUAUUGAACAACUUGUUGCUGUGCAGCAACAGCAGGAGCAGCAGCUGAAGCUCAUAGAGCAAAUUCAAAAACACAUAUCAUUGUUAUCAUCCCAUAAUACAGACACAUCUAAACCCUCCAGCAGCUGUCAAGGUACAUCAGAGAUUUCUCAGACUUGCCUUCUUAUAACGCUUAGCUCACGCCUCUCCCAGCAGCUAGCAGAAGCUGCAGGACUCACACAAAGCCUGGUGAGUCAGUCUGCUGGUAUUAGCAAAGUCAGACAACAUAACCAUGCAGUAUUAUCCAGCAGCCAGGAUAGCACCACACUCUUGAGUGCCAGCGAUCUCACUCAAAUGGCAGAUAAAGACAAAAGCAAACUUGGCAUAUACCCAUCUGAAAAACAAUCUGACCAUGACAACACAUUUCCUACACAGCUGAGUGGCACAAGUCAUUUACCGUCCCCUGUUCAGGCUGAUCGCACACCAAAUUUAACAAAUAAUCUCAGCCUACCUCCUGAUGGAAAAUACAUCUUUAAAAACUCUUUGCCAAGCAUUGGGGCAAUUGUAGAGGACUUGAAUGCUUUGACUGCUUUAGCUCAGCAAAGGAAGGGCAAAUUGCCCAGUAUGACUUCAUUUGGACACAAAAGGCCUUUUGAUGAAGGUUUGUUUAAACACAAAUGCAGAUUUUGUGCCAAGGUAUUUGGAAGUGACAGUGCUUUACAGAUACACUUACGAUCCCACACAGGAGAGAGACCAUACAAAUGCAACAUAUGUGGGAAUCGAUUUUCAACACGGGGAAACCUUAAAGUUCACUUUCAGCGCCAUAAAGAAAAAUACCCAAACAUACAAAUGAAUCCUUAUCCAGUUCCAGAGCACUUAGACAAUGUUCCAACAAGUACCGGUAUCCCAUAUGGUAUGUCCAUGCUGCCAGAUAAGCCUGCCUCCAAGUGGUUAGACAGCAAACCAUCUGUGACCAGCCUACCUGGUUUGUUGUUAACUUCAUCUUUGCCAAGUCUUCCAAGCAUAAUUAAAAGAGAAGCACAAGUGGUAUCAGUUGGCAGACCUGCUAGUCCUCAUGCUAAAUGUUUAAAUGGGUUUGAGAUGUUUGAAAAUGAAAAUAAAGAGGAAUCCAGCAAUGAUCAUUUUCCAACAGUAAAUGGAAAAUAUAAAGAACUUAAAUACCUGAGCCCUGAAACAUAUUUAAACUACUCUGGAAAUGGUUCAAACGAUCACACCAGUAAAGACGACGCUUCUGACCAUACACACUCAUCGACCCCAGUCCUGCAUGAGGAUAGCAAACCAGCAUUUUCAUUUGAGGUUCUACCAGAUUGUAUGGACACUUCAGAAACCACCAAGCUACAGCGAUUGGUUGAAAACAUAGACAAGAAAAGCACAGACCCCAACGAGUGUAUGAUCUGUCAUCGUGUACUUAGUUGCCAAAGUGCCCUAAAAAUGCAUUAUCGCACACACACAGGCGAGAGACCGUUCAAGUGCAAGAUAUGUGGACGGGCUUUCACGACCAAAGGCAACCUCAAAACGCACUAUAGCAUCCACUGUGCCAUGCCACCUCUGAAAGUGCAGCAUUCGUGCCCCAUUUGCCAAGAAAAGUAUACAAAUGCCAUGGCUUUACAACAGCACAUACGUAUGCACAUGGUUAGACAAAUAACCAGUGUUAGCCUUCCAGAAAGUUACCAAGAAUCACUGGAACCUGAUACAUGCUUAGUAGACGAGAAGAACCUAGAUGAUAACCUUUCAGAUGAGGACAUGGAAAUAACAGAGGGUUUUUCCAAUACUAAAGAUGCAGCAUCUUCCCAGGAUAGUUUAUUUCCUACAUCAUCACACACUGAAGCAGAGAAAAUAAUACAAGAGAAGUAUUUACUAAAUGGCAAGUUAGAGAACGUAUCAAUAGAUGAAGAUUAUUUGUCUGUCAAGUCAUGUAUUAUUAAUGACCAUGCUAGCCCACGAUCUAAGAUCCCCGUUUGUCCAGAAAAUGCAUAUUCUUUGGUCUCUUUUCCUAAAAAGAGUUCACUUGGCAAUUAUAGAUCCUCUUCUUGUGAGACUCUCCAGAAAUUAUCAGAUGCAGAGCUGACAAGCACAAGUCUCUUACAGCCAGAUUUCACAUUUAACUCAACACCAGCUGAUAUCCUAAAAGGAGCAAUGACCAUUAAGUAUAGUUCUGGUGAACAGGGAAACUCGAAGAACAAUGCAUGUGAUGUCUGCAACAAGACAUUUGCCUGUCAGAGUGCCUUGGAUAUUCACUAUCGCAGUCAUACCAAAGAGCGACCAUUCCUAUGCACUGUAUGUUACAAGGGGUUUUCCACAAAAGGGAACCUGAAACAGCACAUGCUCACCCACCAGCUGCGAGAUCUACCAUUACAGAUAGCAGAACAAGCCAGUGAGAAUUUUGUUUCUCCAGUGAAUCCAUCUAUAGGCCACUUGGUUUGCUCAAAAAUAAAGAUGGAAGUCAACAGCAUCUUAAAUAAAGAUGGCAAAGAUGCAGUAUUAGGCGUGAUGACUUCCUCAGCUCCCUCACUGAUGGCCCAUUCAGCACCGCCAGGUCCAUCCCGGAAGACCUUCAAGCAGCAUUUCUGCCGCACUUGUGGAAAGACGUUCUCUUCCUCCAGUGCUCUGCAAAUUCACGAGAGGACCCACACUGGAGAGAAGCCUUUUGCCUGCAACAUAUGUGGUCGUGCAUUCACCACCAAAGGAAAUCUGAAGGUUCAUAUGGGAACUCAUAUGUGGAACGGUUCUCCAGUCCGCCGAGGUCGCAGGCUCCCUGCUGAAAGCCCUUUUACUGUCCUUAAAUCCAAUCCUGUGAAAAUUACAGAUGCUCUGCCAAAAGGAACUGUCAGUACCAGCGAGUCUGUUGGUUUCUGGAAUCAGUAUGUCACAGCACCUCUUACUACCGGCUUAGCACUGAAAACAAACGAGAUCUCUGUGAUUCAGAAUGGAAGUAUACCGCAAGUGUCCCUUUCUGAUGGGCGUGGAGGAAAUUCACCUAUUAGUGGACUCACAGCAAGUCUAGAAAAAACAAAUAAUAUAGAAUUGCAAAGAGAUGUUGCUUGGACUGAGGGGAUUGGAGAGAAUGGGACGUGUUUUCACAUUACACCAUUUAUUGAGGAGAGUAAUACAGAUUAAUAUUUCUUAAACCUGAUUAGAGAAUAUUCUAUUAUGAAUACAUAUUCAGCAGAUUCAAAAUGUUCGAGGAUUUACUCUGUUAUGAUUUUUGCUUUUCUCUUCUAUAUAUAUUUGUUAAAUGUUUUAAACAUGGACACUAAUUUGUAGGUAUUUUGUCAUUAAAUACUCAGACACUUUCACAUCAAUCAGCUGUAGGC